AUGCCAUCCUCCAUCACGUGGGGCCUCCUCUUGAUGGCAGGCCUGUGCUGCCUGCUCUCUGCCUCCCUGGCUCAGGGUUCCUAUAUAGAUCCCCACCCUCACCAUAAGAUGUUCCGGAACCUGGGUGACUUUGCUUUCAGCCUGUACCGCCAUGUGGCCAAUCAAUCCAACUCUACCAACAUCCUCUUCUCCCCACUAAGCAUCGCUACAGCUUUUGCGAUGCUCUCCCUGGGGGCCAAGGGUGAGACUCACACCCAGAUCCUGCAGGGCUUACGUUUCAACUUGAAGGAGUUUCCUACGUCUGAUAUCCACAAAGGCUUACAGCAUCUCUUCAACUCGCUAAACCAGGCAGACAAACAGCUGAUCAGUAGCAGUAUGCUAUUUAUUGAUAAGAAGCUGAAGCAAAAGCAUACGUUUCUGGGCGAUGUCCAGAAAAUGUAUCAUUCAGAAGCCUUCUCCGUCAACUUCACAGACACUAAGGUUAAGAAACACAUGAAUGAUUAUGUAGAGAAGAAAAGCCAAGGAAAAUUUGUGAAUCUGGUCAAAGACCUUGACAAAGACACAGUUUUGGCUCUGGUGAAUUACAUCUUCUUUAAAGGGAAAUGGGUGGAACCCUUCAACGUUAACAUGACCGAGGAGGAGGACUUCCAUGUGGAUGAGGCCACCACUGUCAAGGUGCCCAUGAUGAAGAGCUUGGACAUGUUUAACCUAGUCUACUGUAACAAGCUCUCCAGCUGGGUGCUGCUCAUGGACUACGUGGGCAACGCCACCGCCUUCUUCAUCCUGCCUGACAAAGGGAAAAUGCACCAUUUGGAAGCCAAUCUCUCCAAGGAAGACCUCGCUACAUUCCUGAAAAUGAAACAACUCAGAUCUGCCGAUUUAAGUUUGCCCAGACUGUCCAUUUCUGGAACCUACGAUCUGAAAAAUGUGCUGGGCAAAAUGGGUAUCACCAAGGUCUUCAACAACGCAGCUGAGCUCUCGGGGAUCAGUGAGGAAACACCCCUGAAGCUGUCCCAGGCGCUGCAUAACGCUGUGCUGACAAUUGACACAAAAUAUUCUGGUGUCACCUCUUUUGAUAAGAGUAGAUUGCGUUGGUAUCUGAACAUCAAGUUGAACAGGCCAUUUUUAGUCGUCAUCAUGGAUAAAGUCAGCAACAUUCCCCUCCUUGUGGGAAGGAUGGUAAAUCCCACACAAAAAUAA